AUGAUAGAGUGGGAACCAACCCUUGCUCCUGAUGUCACCGUGAUCAAGGCAUAUCGCCAACUUGCGCCAAAAACGGUCCAAUUGAUACCAAAGAAAGCCAGAGCAAGUUGGAAGGGAAAGGGCAAGGGCAAGGGCAAAGGCAAGGGCAAGGGCAAAGCAAGUGAACAGCUCUGGGAGCUGGACUGGAUCGGAGCCUUGGGAAAAAAGGCAAAUAGCGACUAUGUUGUGAACAUCAAGUGGCAAGGGUAUGGCUAUGAAGAGAUGACCUGGGAGCCACUUGGCAAUGUCCCACAGGACAUCCUUGAUGUGUACUGGACCGAGCAUGGAACGCCAGAGGAGCAAGAAGCCGAGAUGCUGCAGCCGGCAAAGAAGAAGCAGAAGACGUACGCUGGUCGUCGUUCUGUACGCAAUUGA